AUGGCGCUAUGCUCCGAACUACGAAACCACGCCAACGUUAUCCGGCUCAUCGAGAUCAUCCUAGAGGACAAGUGCAUCUUCAUGGUCUUCGAGUACGCAGAACAUGAUUUGUUGCAGAUUAUCCACCAUCACACGCAAACGCCACGACACCCGAUAGCGCCGGGGACGAUCAAGUCCAUAAUGUACCAGCUGCUGCAGGGGGAAGUCAAGAUUGGCGAUCUGGGACUGGCACGCAUCUUCAAGCAGCCGAUCAGCAACCUCUACCAGGGCGAUAAAGUCGUCGUGACCAUCUGGUAUCGCGCGCCCGAGCUGCUGCUGGGCAGCAAGCACUACACGACGGCGAUCGACCUGUGGGCGGUGGGUUGUAUCUUUGCGGAGCUGUUGAGUCUUCGGCCGAUCUUUAAGGGGGAGGAGGCCAAGAUGGACAGCAAGAAGACGGUUCCCUUUCAAAAACAUCAGAUGCAAAAGAUUGUCGACGUGAUGGGCCUGCCGACGCGCGAGCGCUGGCCUUUGCUAACCAGCAUGCCCGAGUAUAACCACCUUCCGACUUUACAACCUCCUUUACUAUCGAGCACCACCCCUUCCCACGGCGGCGGCGGCGGCGGUCAUCACCCCUACGGCCAUCGCUCCCAACAGCAACAACAACCCCCUCCACCGUCGCAAAACACCCACGGUAACCUCCAGAAAUGGUAUCACCAAACAACCGCCUCCACUCCCCUGACGUCGCUAGGAGCAGAAGGCUACAAACUCCUCGCUGCUCUACUGGAAUAUGACCCCGAGAAACGCUUGACGGCAGCAGACGCCCUCGUCCACCCCUUCUUCACUUCACCCACUUCUACCCCGCUUGCCUCCCUCAACUCCAACACAGCCAAUAGCACGUCCCAGGGGACAGGUGCCGCGGCAGUCAAUUGGAGUCCGACGAAUUGCUUCGAGGGCCUGAAGAAUGAGUCCUACCCAUGUAGGCGCGUGUCGCAGGAUGAUAACGAUAUCGGAUUCGGCACGUCGAAUGGGAACAACGGGACGGGGAAUCAGAGUGGUUCACGGGUGAACACGGCGGCUGCGGGGACGGGGACGGGGUUGGUUAUGGGACAAUCGCAGUCGCAGGUUCAGGCUAUGGGCGGGUCGUUGGGGAGUAUUGGUGGGGGGAUGGGAGGAGGUGGAAUGGGAGGGAUGGGGCAGCAGAUGGCGGGGAUGAAAAGGAUGCAAGAUGCUGCUGCUGCGCAGCAGAAUAAUGGACCGAAUAAGAGGAUGAAAGGGCCGUAG